AUGACUACCCUUCCAGAAGUACUCGUUAUUGGCGGCACCGGCGCUCAAGGUGCCCCAGUUGUUCAAGCUCUGGCUACCAGUGGGAGAUAUCGAGUCAAAGUAUUGACAAGAAACACUCACUCCACUCAAGCCAAGUCGUUGGCGGCUUUACAGAAUGUGACUCUAUUCCAAGGGGCCGUGACCAGUCAGGUAGAUCUGCACGCGGCCUUCCGGGGAGUCUAUGGAGCGUGGGUCAAUACCGACGGCUUCACUCUGGGAGAAAAAAACGAAAUCUUCUAUGGACUUCGUGCCUAUGAGAUCGCUCGCCAUGAGAAGGUCACGCACUUUGUCUGGGCCAAUAGUGACUAUGCACUUCGAAAGGCUGGAUGGGAUGAGAGGUUCCGGACUCACAAUGAUGCCAAGGGCCGAGUGGGAGAUCUGAUUCUCGCGCAUGGCCAGCAGGGCAUGAAAAGUACCCUCUUCACCACUGGGCCGUACAUGAACAUGCUGUGGGAUGGCAUGUUCGUGCCCAGGACCGACUCGGAUGGGACUGUCAUUUGGGAAAACCCCGCUGAAGAGGGUAAAAUUCCUCUGAUUGCGCUUGAGGAUGUCGGAAAGUACACCCUCUGGAUCUUCGACCACAUCGAUCAAUCUGCUGGCCUGGAUCUGGAAGUCGCCACCGACCAAGUGAGCUUUCAAGAAAUUGCCGAGACCUUCACUCGUGUUACUGGACGGCCUGCUGUGCAUAGAGCAAUUCCAAUGGAUCAGUACAUGGCGGUCGCUGAGCCCUAUGCGGAUGCUCCAGUGAACUGGACGGCAGGCGACAAGGCGACGCGCGACGAAGCUACCAUGACCUGGAAGGUGAAUUUCACUGCCUGGUGGAGGUAUUGGGGAGGAGGCCUGGGUGCAACGAGAGACUUGCAGCGUCUUGACCAGAUUCUGCCGACUAGAAUCCAGAGUCUGGAGGAUUGGAUGAGGAAGACCCAAUAUGAUGGCAAACCGCGGUCUGUCCUGAAAGGACUGGAUGAUGCCCGAUCUGGCUCUUCCAAGAACUAG